GCAUUCUGUUGGGGUCAAAUUUUAAAGGAGAAGAGUACUGGGGAAUUAUCAAGUUCUGUUGCUUCUUAUUGACAUUGUGAAUCAUGUCUUCCUAUGCCAAGCGCCUCUGGCUCGAAGAAGACUUAGGAGAUGACUAUCGGUGGUCCUACCGGGUAUCAGCUGUCCUUUUCUCUGGUAGGAGCUUAUAUCAGGAAGUGGACCUCGUGGAGACUCCUACAUGGGGCAAGGUACUGCUUUUAGAUGGUAAAAUGCAGAGCACUGAAGCUGAUGAACAGGUGUAUCACGAGUUAUUAGUGCAUCCGCCCCUUCUGCACCAUACCAACCCAAGACGAAUUUUUAUCAUGGGAGGUGGUGAAGGUGCGACUGCGCGUGAGGUUCUCCGACACCGUUCGGUUGAAGAAGUAGUAAUGGUUGAUAUCGACAAGGUUGUGACCGAUUUCUGCGCCGAGCAUCUCGAGCGCAACGCAGCGGCCUUUCGCGAUCCUCGCCUUCGGCUUAUCAAUGACGAUGCACGACGGCAACUGGAAGCAUUUUCUGAUGCCUCGUUUGAUGUAAUUAUUUCCGACUUGGCGGAUCCACUGGAAGGAGGCCCUUGCUUUCAGUUGUACACACAGGAGUUUUACAGCACAGUGGUGCUGCGUAAGCUGGCUCCUGGUGGCGUCUUCAUCGCGCAGAGUGGACCAGCCGGUUUUUUGUCGUGUCGCGAAGUGUUUUCUACCAUCCAUGCGACUCUACGCGCAGUGUUUCCUACGGUAAUACCGUAUACCCAACACAUACCAUCUUUCUGCGACGCUUGGGGCUUCAACAUGGCAUUCACGGACCCGGAACAGGUACCACUUGGUAUCGAGGUCUUUGACUCACAGGUUGAGAGUCGUAUUGCCUGUCUACCGCUUAGCUUCUUAGAUGGGGCAACGUUUACAGGACUUCGUCAGCUCAACAAGAUUGUUCGGAUUGCACUCGCCCAGGAAACUGAAGUGUACACCGCCAGGACAGCGCGAUUUAUUCAUGGUGCAGGUGUGAAGACGGUCACUGAACGCCACGAGAAUUGAGCCAAAUUCACCGGUGAUUAUAGUAGGGACCUCUUUUCAAGUCCCCCUAUCAUGUAACGACUUCUGAAAACUGCUAUGGGCAUGAAAGCAAACCUGUAAAGGGUAAAAGCUCCU